UGCUAAGCAAACCAGCUGCUCUCUCUCUCUCUUGCUUAUUACACUGCUAAGCAAACCAGCUGAUCUCUCUUGCUUGCGUUCUCCGUUAGAUGAGUUCCCUGUACGGCACGACAACUAUGUGCUGUGCAUGUGAGCCCAGGCUACCUGCGCUAAAGAUGCCCAAGGUCCCACAUCGGGCUCAGCCCACAGGGCCCCAGUACUUCACUUUCGACCCACUCCCAGAGGUCGAGAUGAGUCCAGCCUACAAGAAGUCCUCGAGGACCACCAGGAUCAAGAAGAGAUCCCGGAGAGUUCUCUAUCCCCCAGUGGUGAGGCGCUACUACCCCACGGAGGAGCGCAGCUUUGCCAAACGCCUCCUCGUCAUCCUUCUGGCGAUCGUCUUCUUCCAGAUCUACAGCGCCGAGGAGGAUCUCACAAUUGCAGUAGCCUCCUCGGGUGCCGAGGGACGUCUCUUCGCCCACUCGGCGGCAAAGGCGAGGGAAUCCCGUUGUGAACCCUUCCUCCUGGAGCAGCCCGGCACCACGGCGCGCUCUCUGGAAACGCAGGCGGCGGCCAAUGCGACCGGUCGGCCCUGGGGAAACGAGUCUUCCACUUCCACCAUCAUAGACAUCACCCUCCUUCUCUUGCAGGGCCGGGCUGCUUUCUGAAGAGCUUUCUAGGCCAGGUCAGGACUUUGGCUUUGGAGGAAGAAGGACCCCUUUUCUGUGCAGGGCUGGGGUCACGAACGAGUUAAUGCCGCCUGGAAUCCGGGCUAGCCUACUCUUUCCGGGAUUGGCUCGCUCAGAAGCCACCGGGACUGACGUCAAGCUCAAACCGACACUACAUACGCAGCGGGGAGGCGUUGCGCCCCCUUUUUCGCUGCCGAAGAUCGGUCUUCUA